GGAGCCGGUGGAUCUCGUUUUUAAUGCGUCCACGCUGUCUGCUCACCGUGUAAGUUCUUCGGCGAAGUCUCCUCCGUUUUCUAAGUCCUCGAAAUUCCACCAUCAGACAGCCGCCUAAUAAACCCCUCCGCAAUAUUAUUAUCAAGACGUUUUUUUGCCAAGAACUACCAAAAUGAUUAUCUACAAGGAUUACGUGACAGGCGAUGAAUUGUUCACCGACUCUUACAAAAUGAAAUUGGUUGAUGGCGUGAUCUACGAAGUGGAAGGCAAGUACAUCCAGCGGAAGGUGGGCGACGUGGUGUUGGCUGGUGCGAAUCCCUCGCAGGAGGAACAGGAGGAGGAAUCCGAAGAAGGCACGGAAUCAGGCAUUGACGUCGUACUCAACCAGCGGCUGGUGGAGGCCAAAUUCUACGAAAACAAGGAAGAUUACACCAAGUACAUCAAGGCAUACAUGAAAUCGCUCAUGAAAAGGGUGGAGGAGACAAAGCCGGCUGAACUGGAUGCAUUCAAAAAGGGCGCACAGGAGGCUGUCAAAAGUCUUCUUGGCAGGCACGGAAACAUGCAGUUUUUCAUGGGCGAAAGCAUGGAUUCAGAUAAAGGAAUGGUGAUUCCCGUGGAGUACAAGGAUACCCCCACUGGCCAGGUUCCUACCCUCUACUUCUUCAAACACGGUCUGGUUGAGGAGAAGGUUUAAAUGCAACGCUGGCUAAUCACCACCAGAAAUUCGAUCAUUUCCAUGCUUUUUAUUUGCCGCUCGUUUUUUGAUUAAGAUUUAAAGCCACCGAAGUACCGUGCGUCUGCUUCAUGAAGUUUCCGUAACAUCUGCCGUUUCUUAACCUGUACGCUUUUUUAAACAAAAAAUUUACCAGUUUUUCGACUUCAGUGCUGUGUCAGAGAUCAUGUACGGGAUGAAGAUUAAAAGUCGAUAACACGUGCUGUUA